AUGGAAGCCCCCCCCUUAUUCAUCACGAAUUCGAGCCAGGAUCUUGAGCACCAAUGUCAGCAGUUGCUCCUCUUUGUCAAAAUCAGGAUGCAUAUGGACAAGGCUUACAUCCUCCAACUCGUCAAGACGCUGGCGAAGGCGCAGCAGGCGCUUGCCACCGAAGUGGGCCCAGAGACAGAAGACUGGGAAGCCAAACCGGAGAAAGUCGAACAACACCCGGACGCCCUUGGUCUCAGAGACGAGCUUGCCGGGGAGGUAUAA